ACACCUCGUCCUCAGAGACUGAUAGUAUUCGACUCAAACAGCUAACUGUGAAGACGACAUGUCAUUCCUGCUCCGAAGACACUCUUCUUCAGCUCACAAUCCGAAUGAUCGACCUGGACCAUCUAUCCUGCUGAAUCCGGAAGAAUCAUGCCAAGUUCCGCCUACCCGCUCAUCACCUGGGAAAACAAAACCCAUCACCGUCGAAGCUCUUUCUGAAUCUCCCACUGCGUCCACAUCAUCCUUGACAUCCUCGACUCAAUCUAAUUCGCAGGUGACCCGACAGAGAGGAUUGUCCAUCGCGUCAUCCUCCAAAGUCUCGUUCGCACCUUUACCCGAAGUCCCGCCGGAAUUGAAGCGAAGGAGUUCCAUCACUUUGGGCGUCGCAGCUCGCAAGAAUCUCCUGUCAGGAAAUGGCCAGAUCAGAUCGCAAGGCAGCGGCGUGACUGGUCCUCGGCCAGGUCAGACGACGGUCUAUAUGACGGAUGAAGAAUGGGCAAGAUACAAAGAGAAUCACUCCCCAAAAACUCAGGUCAUCGAUGUGGGCGAGGUGGCUAAAUCCGGGGCUAAAUCAUUGUGGCGCCGAGUUCGCUCAGCAUCGAUGAAUUCCAACGAUUCAUCUGCAUCGGACUCGAUGAUCAAUACACCACAAUCACCACGAAGAGGCUUGAAAGCUCUCAUACAGGCCUCGGGAUCCACCAGGUCAUCAUCACCUCCACCUGCUAGCCCGUCAAUAGCCAGUCGACUUGACGCCGUGGAAGAAGAGAUACCUCAAAGCAUGUCACCGUCUGCAAGCAAUGAGGUCUCGUUUGAUGCUUGGGCACAGAAAAGUCCUCGAGGAGGUCGCGUUCAAUUGGUCAGGACAACGUCGACCAGUACCGAGGGAUCAGAUGCAGAAGGCAGUGGACAUAACACACCGACGCCGAGUACAUGGGGUACGGAUGGACGCCAUGCAGCUUCCAGGGAGAGGAAUCGGGCUAUUCUUGGAUUCGACAAGCUGGCUCUGGACAAGAACUUUGGAGGCCAUUUCGGAGUCUGACAGAUAAGUCAGGCACCUCUCGGUGC